AUGCGUAAAUCAACAAAGCAAAAGUUAAGAAUACGACAAUCAAAAAUGCGAGAAGUAAAAAUUCACAAAUCAAGGAUACGUAAAUAUAAUUACAAAAAUCGUAUGGAUAAACUCCGUGAUUUCAUCUGCGCUAUAGAAUCUCAUCACAAAGAUUACAUAGAUAAUGUAACAACCGAAAAUGUCAAUAUUGACGAUAAUGGCGUAGAUGUUAAUGCCGCGUUGGAAAAUAAUGGUUUCAUUACUGGAGAAACUGCAUUGCACCUUGCCGCGGCGACAGGAACAAAGGAAAUUAUAAAAUUAUUAUUAGAUAACAAUGCUAACAUUAAUGCUAAGAAUAUAAAAGGAAUCACUCCUAUUAUCAGUGCUGUUGAAGCUAAAAACGAUGAUGCCAUGGAUGUAUUGAUGGAACAUGGACCUGAUCUUUUUUGUACAUAUAAAGAAUAUCGUUACAGUGUAACGAUAUUUCAUGCAGCUAUUUCAAGUUCUAACUGGGAAUUCUUGUCUCAUUGGCUAUUUUUAUUUGCUGAUACGCGUGAUGUUAAUAAUAAUAGUUUUUUUUUCGUUCUUUGA